AAUAGAUCUACACACAGAAUGGCCAAAACCUUCCUACCAGCUCUACUGCUCUAUGGAUUGAGUUUGGUCUCUGUGUUGGUUUCUCAGUGUCAGACUAUGAUGGUCCGUACUGGGGAUACCAUCACCUUGCAGUGCUCCAAUCUUACAACGGCUGUGGGACACACAGCAUGGUUCAAGCAACUUAACGGAUCAGAGCCUGUGUGUAUCUCGUCUAUGUACAGCUUUAACUCAACACCUGAUCUCCACAAUGGUUUUCAAAGGAGCCAUUUUGAAAUGUUCAGCAACAACACCACUGUCUUUCUCACAAUCAUAAAUGUGGAAAUAGCUGACUGUGGCCUGUAUUUCUGUGGAUUGUAUCCACAUAGCCACAUGUUCUUUGUCAACGCAACAGUUCUAAAAAUUCAAGGGCACAACGGAGGUGAGUCAUCGACAAAAAGCACUGCCGAAGCAAAACCAAAACACUGUGAUGGAACUAUCAGUUUAGUAGGAGAGGAUGAUGAUGGAACGACGUACCUCCCUUCCCUGGUUGUGAUCCUGGGUGUUGUGACUGCUGUUCUACUGAUAGUCAUCCUCAUCCUGGUCCUCAAGAUCAGACGAGACACAAAAACACAUAACACAGGUAUCAAGGCUCAACUGCAGCCACAAAAUAGCCAGGAUCCGGAUCAGGACCCAGAGUCUCUGAACUACUCAGCACUGAGUUUCCGUCAGAAGAGGUCCAGAAAUCAGAAGAGAGAUGAAGGUCAAAUGAUGGAGAUGGAGUCGAAUGUUGUUUAUGCUGCCACAAGAUAAUUGUCAAAUGUUUCAAUGUUGAUAUCAGUGUACUGUAGCACUGAUAAAGAACUGAUGUAGUACAUUGAAUAGUAGUAGUCAAAAAUCCCCUUGUGACAGCCAUCGUGAUUGAGUGCUGAGGUAGAGGAGGGGCCAGUGAGGAACGCAUCACUUCCUGUGUUGUGAGUGACAGGAAGGAGCAGCUCAGUGUUGAGUGAGACCUGCUGAGGUGAACAUCACUGGGCCUAUCAUAGUCUUGACAGAAAGAUAGUGUAAUAUUAUUAUAAUAUUUUUUUUACUGAUUACCAAUAUUUUACUACUUUUUGAUAUUAAAGAUGGCAUGGCCCUGGG